CCCUACAGUACACGAGUAAAAGACUAGUUGGGUAGCAUUACAUCACAGCGUCGUGUUGUUGCAAAUCAAGUAUGGCGAUAGACUUCAUUGAUUUAUAGUCCGAGCACUUGAUAAUGGCGAGAAUGUCGAAAUACCCCAUCUGGCGAACUACGCCAUGGGCUACGCCAAGGACGAGUUUAUGGCGAUGUUUAGUUUGUUUAGGUAUCCUCUUUGGGUUUCAUUGGUUGAAGAGCAUCGUCACGUACACUGAUAGGAGAGCUCUCAAGGACGGACAUGUGGCUGGUGCAUUGUCAGCUUCUGUAGAGGCUAUGAAUACGGUAACAAACCAUCUUGGUGUUCCUAAUGCUGCCAUCAACAGAGAGGCAACCGAUUUUCACUCGACGCAAGAGGAAGAUGCGGUAUCUCUUGCUCGUAUCAUGGGCCAUAAAGUAAUGACAGAGAAUCUAUCGUUGAGUGGUCAGGGUGACGAGAUCGACAUUCAGGAAAAAGCGGUGAGAGAGAGAGAUAGAAUCUGGCCUCAUCUUUAUUCUUUUAAUUUCACAGAGCUGGUACAAUUGAUAGCUGAGGGCGAGUCAUUAAAUAUUGCGGAUGUGUCCAAGGAUCUCAACGGUUUCAUACACAGUGCGAAGGCACAUAGUUCAGCUACAUAUGAGAAUGAAACGCAGCAAACACUACAGCAAUUGACAGAAUCACAGGAUAUGAAGAAGACCACAGAAAUGGUCCAUACCGCAUACAAUGAAUGUACGCGUCAGCUCCGACCUCGGGAACUGAGAUGGAUGGUGUGGAUGCAGAAGCGCCUUGCUGAUGCUCUUGGAGCCGAUAAAAAAUGUCGAUGGUGGCUCACACAUGGAAGUGCGAUCACGGCUCUCCGCAAGCGCACCGUACCCUGGGAGCACGAUGUCGACAUUGCUAUUAUAAAGGAUGAUGAGCGAAGGUGUGGGCGACUGCUCGUGGAAAGCGGUGAUUUCAGCAUACUCGAUAAGCUGUAUAAUAGCAAAGGACAACCACAAGAGAAGGAGCUCAAGAAAGGGUGGUUUGUACGCUAUCGAUUAAAUCCAUUUGUGAAUGGACGUGUGGUAUACGACGUCCAUGCAGACAUCCACAUUUUUACAAUCAAUACUGUUAAAAAGCAUGGGCGAAAAGAUGCCUACAUACAACAAAAAUGUACCAAGAGAUUUUACAAAACGAAGCGGGAAUGUGCGCAUCGUCAUGAUUACAGCACUGUAUUCCCACUCAAGAAGUAUACGCUACGAGCGGGAUUUGAGGUGAAUGGACCGGCGGACGUUAAGAAAUAUACCGAUACCAUGUACCCAAUAUCUCUGCUGCAUGGCGAUCUGAACAAUACCGACGGCCAGGAAACAUUCACAGAUGAACCAAUUGAAAAGAACUAUGUGACUCAGGGACGGGCUGGAGUAGCGUGUAUAAAGUAUGCGCAUGCUGUUGGCUGGGUACAAGACUAUCUUCUAGAUGGAUUCUGGACAUACAUUAAUCGACCACCCUAAAACACAGAAGAUACACAUAACGACAAUAAUUUGUCACAAAGGAGUAUAAAAAAAUAUCUUUGCGGAUUGUGAGGAAUUCAAAAACGACCUUAUCCCCUCAGAGAAUCAUGUUGAUUGCAGACGAUGUAAUCACAAUUUAAACAUAAUCAAAUAUCGCAAACUUAAUGGAUUAAAAUGAAUUUGAAAACCAGC